AUGACAGCUAUUUUGAAUACCAGGUUCUUGAACAAUAGCUAUGAAAACCCAUUUAUGAACGCGUCUGGUGUUCAUUGUAUGACAACAGAAGAAUUAGAUGAGUUAGCAAAUUCUAAAGCGGGUGCGUUCAUUACCAAAAGCUCUACAACCUUAGAAAGAGCAGGCAACCCUGAACCACGUUACAUUUCCGUUCCUCUAGGCAGUAUCAACUCCAUGGGUUUGCCAAAUGAAGGUAUUGACUACUAUUUGUCCUACGUACUAGAUCGUCAGGAAAAAUAUCCUAACGCUCCCGCCAUUUUCUUUUCUGUUGCUGGUAUGAGUAUCGAUGAAAAUUUGAGCAUGUUGAGGAAAAUUCAAGAUAGCGAAUUUAACGGUGUCACAGAGCUGAACUUGUCCUGUCCAAAUGUUCCUGGUAAACCACAAGUUGCCUACGAUUUUGACUUAACAAGGGAAACAUUGGAAAGGGUUUUUGCUUUUUUCAAGAAGCCUCUUGGCAUUAAGUUGCCUCCUUAUUUCGAUUUUGCCCAUUUUGAUAUCAUGGCGAAAAUACUAAAUGAGUUUCCAUUAGCUUACGUCAACUCUAUCAAUAGUGUAGGUAAUGGUCUUUAUAUUGAUGUGGACAAGGAAAGUGUAGUAGUAAAGCCGAAGAAUGGUUUUGGAGGAAUUGGUGGCGAAUAUGUCAAGCCAACAGCUCUCGCUAAUGUUCGUGCCUUUUACACUCGUUUAAGACCCGAAAUUAAAGUUAUUGGUACAGGUGGUAUUAAAUCUGGUAAGGAUGCAUUUGAGCAUCUUUUAUGUGGUGCUUCUAUGCUGCAGAUUGGUACAGAAUUGCAAAAAGAGGGCGUCGAGAUUUUUGGACGUAUUGAGAAAGAAUUGAAGGAUAUAAUGGAAGCUAAGGGAUACACCUCUAUAGACCAGUUUCGUGGCAAGUUGAACAGUCUUUGA